GAACUUUUCCUCAGCACCUACCAGUGAUUUUUUUUCCCGGGCGACGAACGGACCUGUCCCCGGUGACGUUACGGCAGCGAACUCCGAGCUCAAGAGGUGGCUAAUUCGCAUGAAUGGCGAUCCGCAGUUGUGAAGCUCUUCGUUCGUGGGGACCUCCCUUAGUUUCAUCAAUCAAAUUGAGGAAUAAACCCUUCAGAAAUUGCAAAUUCUCAGUUCAGAAUUGUGUUGUAUCCGCUGAUGAAUCACGCAAGCUUGUUUUGGAGGUAAGGGAGAAGCUUGAAAAAGAGCAUUUUAGUCUUCAAGUUGGCAAAAAUGGGAGGGAUGAUGAGGAUAUGAUUUACUGGUUUCUGAAAGACCGGAAAUUUUCUGUUGAUGAGGCUGUUGCAAAAUUGACAAAGGCAAUUAAAUGGCGUCAAGAAUUUGGAGUGUCUGAACUAUCUGAGAACUUGGUGAAAAAUAUAGCUGAAACAGGAAAAGCAUAUGUGCAUGACUUUCUUGAUGUCAAUGACAGACCAGUGCUUGUAGUUGUUGCGUCCAAGCACCUUCCUGCAACACAUGAUCCCAUUGACAAUGAGAAACUAUGUGUAUUUUUGAUUGAGAAGGCUUUGAGCAAGCUUCCAGCUGGGAAAGAGCAAAUACUUGGCAUAUUUGAUCUCCGGGGAUUUGGUAUGGACAAUGCAGAUCUCAAAUUCCUGACUUUUAUGUUUGAUGUAUUUUACUAUUACUAUCCAAAGCGAUUGAGUGAAGUCCUCUUUGUGGAAGCUCCAUUUGUAUUCAAACCUAUUUGGCAACUAGCAAAGCCCUUGUUAAAAUCAUAUGCUUCUCUGGUGAAAUUUUGCUCUGUGGAGACUGUCAGGAAUGAAUAUUUUACAGAAGCAACCCUUCCAGAUAGCUUUAGAGGCUGAUGGAUCUCAACAUCCUUUCUACAAGGUUUUUUAUUGCAACAGAGAGCGUGGCGUGGUUUUCAUUUCAACUCUGAAAACUUGCAAAGGUUGAAGGGAGCAUGCCAAGCUUCAAAUUUGUUUUUCCUUGAUUUGCCCUGUAAAGAGAAUGUUGAGUUCUGAAGUUUGAGAUAAACCUCUCCUCCAAGUCAAAUAAAUUAUUUCCACAAAAGAAAUAAAUCUUAGUGUAGAAUUUUGACCGUAUGUUUGAGGUGAACUUUGACCUCAUUUUUGGUUUAUAAAUAGCGUUCCCAGUA